UAUGCUCGAGAUGCAUUAGGUGAGCAGGAUGGCUUUUCGGGGGACCGCCCCCCCCCUUGCCGGUGGCUGCCCCGCCCCGCCUCGCCUCCGGGCGCGGCUGGAGGGGGCCUGCGGGGUGGGGACGGGCGGGGCCGGACCGGGACCGGGGCCGCUCCCGCCGAGGCAGAGGGUCUCGCUGAGACAGAGGGUCCCGCCGCUCCGCGCUGCCCUCGCCGUCCUCGCCAUGCUGCCGGCGCGCCUCCGCCCGAGACGGCUGCUGUCCGCCGCGCCGCUCCGCCUGCCCGCCCCGCGGGGAGCCGCCGCCGGCGGGGAGCCCGCCCGCAGCCCGGGCACUGCCCGCGCUGAGCAGGCUCACAAGGUGGUUGCAAGUUACAAACCUUCCAAGUUUGACAAAAAAAUCCUCCUCUGGACUGGACGUUUCAAGACAGAAGAAGAUAUUCCUCCAAGGAUCACGCCAGAGAUGCUAGACAAGGCAAGAAACAAAGCUCGAGUUAAAGCUUGUUACAUCAUGAUCGCGCUCUCAGUUGUUGCCUGUUUUGCAGUGAUUGCCUCAGCUAAAAAGGCUGCGGCACGUCAUGAGUCCUUAACGAGGUGGAACAUGGCAAAGAAGGCCCAGUGGCGGAAAGAGGCAGCACUAGCAGCGGAGUCGAAGACCAAGUAACGUGCUUUGAAAUGCCCAGUGUCCUUGUAGGAGCAAAAUUAAGUCUUGCUGAGAGAUAUCAGUGAAUUUCACCAGGAAAAGGGAACUGUAGUAUUGCACAGACUGGAGCCAACAAGGGUAGUUACAGGAUCACAAAAUGAAAUGAGAGAUAUUCGAUGUAUUUGUUGCAAAUUAUUAAAAUUAGAAUGUAAAAGCAGUAAUUAAUUUCAAAGGAGAUGAGGUAGAUUCCUAAGAAUGUCAUGUAUGGGGGAGCCACGUUUCCACUGUCUGUCUUAAAAGCUUUCUUUCAGGCUUAUCUUGAGCUGUUACACAGAUAAGAGUUCCUUACAGAAAAACUAGCUCUAUUUUAUAAUAAAAGGUUAAACGUGGCAAAGACCAAGCAGUAGCAGAGGUAUGAAAACUGUAAAAAUAUGGAGACUUAUGCAAUUCACUUCUGUAAAUCUAAAUAAAGAACAAACUAUAAUCAGCCAGGAUAUUACAAAUCUUAAACACCGAGAAGAAAAGGUUCAGAGAAGGGAAGGGAGGGGAAAGGGCCUGAUAAUUCCACGAAUUUUCAAGUCCCUAUAAACUUCACGGGAAUUCUCAAAGCGCUCAGUUCUGCAGGCAGAGACAGGACUGUGAUUAUUGUACAAGUGUAUGUUUGGUUAGAUAUUGACAAAACACAUUUGAAACCCAAAAGUUUUCUGUCUGGUGAAAGUGUGUAGUUUUACAGUGCAGAGAUAACCCAGUUUGAAUUCACUUGCCUGAAUGCUGUAUUCAAAAUGGCAUUUGUGUUUUCUAGUUUUAGGAAGCCACACUUAUUGAAACACUAAAUAAAUACAAGAAACAUGUAAAAUAGGUUUUAUUGGUUUCUGCAUGGUAUUUGGAGAUUUAACAUUCCAUAAUAUUGCAUACUACUCAUAUGUGUUCUGUUACAGUAAUGGGCCUUUGGCCUGGAUUUAAAGAUGCACUAUUACUAUUGGAAGUUAGUAUAGGUAUUUUAGUUUCCACACAUUAUAUGAAGAUAUUGUGCCACAAGUAACUGAAAUUUCUCAUUCCAGAUUUCAGUGAACUCUUGGAGUCAGAGUUAAACUUCACCUAUCAAUUUGCAGACCUAUUACAAAAAUCCUCAGCUGUACAAUUUAAAAAAUUUAAACUGAGAACUAACCCUGGAGGAAAGACAAUAGUGCAUCUUUUCUAUGUUUUUUUCAAAGACAGACCCAACAAUAAAUAUUUUCCAGUUGCAAACUUGUUCUACAGCUAACGUAUUUCUGUGCCAACAUUACUAUCUUCUGAUUGCUGCUAGCAACAGUGUCUAAAGCAAAUACUAGAAAAUGAAAAAGCUGUAUGAACCAGUCCUCAGACAAAAGUGCAAUUAUGAAAAAAUUAGAUAUGAUUCAGUGUAUCAACAGUAGGGAACUAAAAAAAUCUUAUGCUUUGCAUAGUUGCAUAGAUUAGAUAGUUAGUAUUCACAUUUAAACAGAACAAAUGGUACCCUUUUAACCCAAACCAAAACAACCAAAACCCUGUACUUUUAAACAGACUUGGUAACUGACAGGGCACUUCAGAUUCCAAAUCUUAAAGAGAUUUUCUUGUCUUGGUUACUUCUUUCUUUUUAUCCACACUGGUUUCAUCUGUUUAGGCAACAUCAUCAUAUUCAUUCCGCUGUCUGCAAAUGACUAUACCAGAGCUGACCUCAAGUCAUCAUCUGUUUUUAUAUUGUUCAUUUAUUGCUUUUAACAAAGCGUAUUGUAAACCCACUGAUAAAAUAGGAGAGGCCAUCCUAUAUGUUUAUCCUUUAAAGAAGAAUUUUCAUUAUUAUUUUUUAAAAAUUCUAGGGUAAACCAAAUGUUCAGUUUAAAUAAUGGUUUUCAGUAGCCAAAGGCCAUCCAUUUUAGUUCCCUUUUAAACUGUUACAUUUAAAUGGAUCAGAGGCAUGAAAUACAGUUUAUCUAAAUGCAUAAAGUGCAGUCACUAACCAUUCACACUUAAAUUGCCACAAAACUGAAGACAUUCUUUCAAAACAAAUAUAAUACUUUAAGUGUCCCCUCUUUUCUGAAUUUUCAAGUCUUUUAAUCAAGAUUUUUAUAGUUCAGAUUUGGUUUAAAUUAGAGAGGCUUAUAAAUGCAAUUUUUACAGGGUUUUCCAAAUAAAAAGCAGGCACAGCUGGUUAUGUAGUAUUAUCAAAAGAAGGUUGUUAGAAAGAACAGAAUACCCUGUUACCUGAAUAAUUUUCUUACAUUAGAAGAGCAUUGAAAUUCAGCAUUUACUAAUAAUCCUGGUAGGUUUCCAUGACUGUUACCCUGUACUCUGAACAGAUGGGGGGAAGGAAGGUCAGUAUAUGAAAAUUUAAAACUAUGGGAGUAAAAAGGGCACGAAUACAAUCAUCUAACAUUACAUGAAAAUUUGGCAGCUGUACUCAGUAUUAUCAUGCUAUUCAAAACUCUUGUAUGCUGUACAAAUCUAGGUUUCAAGUGUCACUUGCUAAAAUAUCUCAUUAUUCAGAGUUCAUAAAGUAAGAGCACUCUUAUAUACACUUCUUACACUUCCAUCUUCCACUAAAAAGAGGUUUCUUCUCUCCCAGUUACACCUUAGUCAAAACCGACCAUUAACCUUAGAAAAUCCACUUCAAGUCCCACAUUCAAUUACAAUAUGGUAUAUAUUGCUGUAACAAAGUUAAACAUCUUAAAAAUCUUAACUUGCAUGUAAAAAAAAUUCUAAAGAUAAAAUGGUACUGUAAAUGAUACCACCUUUAACCUGUAUUUUUCAGUGCAUUAAAAUAUUGUUUAGUGACAAGCACAGUGCCAUGGGGUAAGUAAUCUGAAGUUUAAACUGGAGCUGUUUAUGAAGCAUGAAAUGCUCUCAUAUGUCAAAGAUUUCACUUAAUCCAGGAGUUAAUACAUCAAUUACAGGUUAAAAAAAAUAAUCAUACUUUAGAGUUAACCCAAAGUACUAAUUUCUCCAAAUGAGAUGUACUACUAAUAUGCCAGAAACACUAAUUAUAUGCAAGUCUAAGCAGAGUAUACAUUUUUCUGUAUUCAAAACUAUUAGUGUAAAUACUAGUAUUCUAUUUCUUUUAGUGUUUAACAGCAAACACUGUAUAUUGUAGAGCCUACAUAUUUAGAUGACAGUAACUUCUAGCUAGUUUUGCUGUCCACAUACUUAAUGCUAUUUACAGUACAACAAACUUUUCCUUCAACUGGAGUGAUUCGCUAUUCAUUCUUCACUGCAGUACUUCUAUUGCCUUAGCAAAAGAAAACCAAGUUAGUAACUUAGAGAACAAUUCAAGUGGCGGUAGCAUAUUUGGUCAAAAAAAAAAAGUAACACCUACUGUCUAAACUUCUAAGAAGCUACUGUACUAGAAAGGCAAACAUCACAAUGUUUCUCAAACUAAAGCGGUGUUACCACAGUUUGACAGGAGACAGCUGUAAACUCUCUGCUUGGUGGUUUGUGCAUAUCACCAUCUCUGUCAUUCAUAAUCACAGCAUUCUUGUGGUAACUACAGCAACUGCUUUCACAGCAAAGUACUGUCUUUGUGGCUGACUUUUAAUGCCAUUUAGCAGCUUUAAUUACAGAGCCAACAUCAAAUGACCAGCGAGCUCCCUGCUGAUUUCAAUUUGAAAACCUCUGAAAUAGUCCUCUUCCCACAUAAUUCAGAAAAAGCUUUUAAAUAUAUUCAAUAUUAUAUUAGGUAAUUAGCAUUAUAUAUGUAUAUCUAUUAUGUCUUUAAAUACAGUUUAUAAUUAAAUUCCAACAGUGUGUUGUAAAGUAAGUAAUGCAUAAAAGUUUCACAAUUUAAAUAAAUAUUUUUCACAUUCCAAUUCAGCUUCUUACAAGCUCAUCUUUAUUUCAUGCCUUAGUUCUGAAGCAACGUUUUUGCUUCAAUACAAGAGGUAGAUUUAAUAGAGACUGGGCAAGUCAAGCCUACUGCCAAAAAUACAACUGUCAGUAACUGUAUUGCUGAUAUGCAGUUUGAGACUACGUGGAAAAUUCAGAACCACUACCUAAAAUCCUACCAAGUCUUAGCUUAACAGUUCUUGUUGAAUCACAUUUAAUGCUUUACUUUAGACAUGAUUACUCACAGUUGUUUUCUGUACAUAUGAGAUAAUGAAAAACACAAAUACAAAACAAAAAACAGUUGUACCUAACAGAAUAUAUAAAAGUGCAUGAGCUGCUUCUUCAUCUAUUUCUGCAAAACAUAUUCAACUUUUCCUCUAGCUUUGGCCAUAAAGAAAAGACCUCUGGGGAGAAAAAAAACCCCAAAACCCAGCAAGUGUUUACGUUUUACAGCUGUCUUCAGUUCAGUAGUUUACAGCUGAAACCCCUCCAUUGGAGCCUCCUGCUGUUGAAACACAAACUGCUGCUGACUUUCAUCCACCUGAGGUGCAAUACUGGAGUCCUCUUCUUCAACACCAAAGUAAUGCUCUAUGAGUUCAAAAGCCUUUUGGUAGAUCUCUUGGUUUUCAUGCCUCUGAAGGAAUUCGAUUUUAUCAAGUCCUAAAUCCAAAACAAAACAUUUUGAAAAUCUAGUUGCUUAAAAGAAUGAUGAAUUCAAAGGAAACAUAGUAUGAAAACUUAGUGGUAUUUCUUAGAUCAAAAAAUGGAACCCCAAAUCAUUCUCAUUUCAUUUGAUAUCACUGAUUCUUAAUUUCCUAAGCCACGUAUUUCUAAUCUUCAUUCUCUGCAGUCCAAACUAAUUUUAAAACUAUGUUAAAUGUAUAUCAGUUAGAUUCUUAAUUUCCUAAGCCAUGUAUUUCUAAUCUUCAUUCUCUGCAGUCCAAACUAAUUUUAAAACUAUGUUAAAUGUAUAUCAGUUAAACUAAGGAGAAGGAGGAGGCUGUACUAUCUACAGAGAAAUAUGCCAUGCCUACAAAGGAAUUGUAUCUGUAUAGAAUUAAGAUAGCAUAAAGCUGUUUGCUAUAGCAAUUUUCAAUAUCUCCAUUUCUUUUCUUUUACUCCUUUUGCCUUCCCCAACACUGAACUCUACCCCCUAUUAUGAAGCUGUCACUGAGCAGAGUUCAGUAUCUUUUUUCAAAUUCAAGAUUUGAAGAUACUAGUUUCCAAAGACUUACUGUUUGCAAGCUAGAGGACACAACCUCUGUUCUGCUGUCAGAAUUAAGUGCUUGGCAGUCAGCUGAUUCAAAACUCCUUUUUAACUAUUUAAGACAAUUCUGUUUUCUCUUAAGAUGGAUUAGAAAGAGUUCAUAUGAUCCCUUCUGGUGACUAUAGAGGCCAAAGCAAUGAGAGUGACAUAAUCAGCUGUUUCCCCUACUGAACUUCCACUCCACAGCUUCAGCAGCCUACACUUAAAUGGUAAAGGAAAAAAUGAACCUAGACAUUCAAUAGUUGAAAUUGUGAACAGACUCAAAAUCUGGAACAGAAUAAAUUCCAUUAAAGUAUUCAGUACUUUUUCCUCUUAGAUGUCAGACUGCAAAGUAUGCUGUCUGAGUAUGCACUUGAUUUUAGAAAUGCAACUCUAACAGGGAAUUUGGAUUUCAAGGCUGCUUUACAGAAGUCAGUACCAUUUAGCCAGAUAUAGUGCAGUCAAGUAGAAUUGUUAUUGGCAGUUCCUGAAACACAAAUGUCUGCCAAUUCUGUUGUCAGACACCAUGAAAAUUCAAGUCUCCGUAAAUUACAUCAGAUUCGUUAUUGAGACAGUUUUAAAGUUAAAUCGAAAGUAUACCAGUCACGAAAGUCCACAAACAUCAUUUUAGUUUUGAUACCCUGCCUUUAAAAUGUGCUUUAAUUCAACAGGUCUUACAAGAAUAAAUAGAACAAAAUACUUUCAGAAAUAAGUACAAACUUAUUUAAUUUCAUGAUCUGAAGCUGAUUUUUCUAUUACUGAUAUUUACUACGUUAAAAAGUGAUAGACUUUGGGAGUAAGCAAAAAACCCUCUGAUCUUGCAUCUCUAUUGGUAAUGAAACGAUACCAAAUGGGACUAUAUGGUUAAAAUAAUAAAACUAUAUUUAGGACUAGCUGAUAAACUUAUGCAAACCAUGGCUCCAGCAGACUAGGAUAUCUGUGUGUUAAAUAUUUCUGAGAAAGUUUCUCUAGAGGCACAUUUCAUAAACUGACCACAGACAAAAAUAUCCACAGGUUUUCCACAUUUAACAACUUUUUCCACCAUGUUAACGUUACUUAAUUGAUGAUGCUUCGAUAUCCACUUAUGCUUGAAAUAAAAAUUCUACUAUUAAACUUGCCUAUA